CCCAACAAUUUCCCCCACUCUCUAAAUUCUUCUCUGUUUUUUGCUCUGUUCCAAUGGAAAUUAAUUGGACAAGAGGACCAAUCAUCGGUCGAGGCUCCACCGCCACUGUCUCAAUAGCAAUCUCAAGCUCCGGUGAGAUCUUCGCCGUCAAAUCUGCCGAAUUAUCUUCUUCAACGUUCUUGCAGAAAGAGCAAUCAUUCUUGUCUACAUUGAGCUCUCCUCACAUAGUCAAGUACAUAGGCUCUGGUUUAACGUGCGAGAACAAUGGAUUUGUUUACAAUAUACUGAUGGAGUACAUUUCCGGCGGGAAUCUUCACGAAUUGAUCAAGAAUUCCGGCGGGAAGUUGCCGGAGCCGGAGAUAAGAUCAUACACGCGUCAAAUUCUUAACGGUUUGAUGUAUCUUCACGAAAGAGGGAUUGUUCACUGCGACUUGAAGAGCCAUAACGUUCUGGUUGAGGAAAACGGAGUUUUGAAAAUCGCCGACAUGGGUUGUGCUAAAUCGGUUGGCAAGUCGGGAUUUUCCGGUACACCGGCGUUUAUGGCGCCAGAAGUUGCUCGUGGUGAAGAACAGAGGUUUCCGGCUGAUGUGUGGGCUUUGGGAUGUACAGUGAUCGAGAUGAUGACUGGAUCAAGUCCUUGGCCGGAGCUAAACGAUGUCGUUGCUGCAAUGUAUAAGAUUGGCUUCUCUGGUGAAUCGCCGGAGAUUCCCGGGUGGAUUUCGGAAAAAGGUAAAGACUUUCUGAAGAAUUGUUUGAAGGAAGAUCCAAAACAGAGAUGGACUGUGGAAGAAUUGCUUAAACAUCCAUUUCUCGACGACGGCGAAGAAUCUGAGACAAGCGAUUGUUUGAAGAACAAGACUUCUUCUCCAAGCACUGUGUUGGAUCAACGAUUCUGGGAUUCAUGCGAAAUCUCGAAAACUCACUUAAUUUCGAUGGAUCACGAAGACCCUUUUGCUGAUUACUCGGAAUCUUGGGGUUCACCGGCUAAACGGAUCGAGGAACUCGCCGGAGAUGAAAUUUUAAGCUUACCCGAUUGGGUUACUGAAGAAGACGACGGGUGGAUUCAAGUGAGAGGCGACGAAUAUGAAGAAACCGAGAAACGCGACGGCGACGAAGACGCGUUUAGCGUUGAAGCAACGUCAUCGUCGCAAGCGAUUGAAGAAGUUGUGACUUUACUUGACUACGGAGCUGGGAAUGUUCGGAGCAUCCGCAAUGCUCUUCGUCACCUCGGGUUCAGCAUCAAAGACGUUCAAACGCCGGGUGACAUUCUGAAUGCUGAUCGCCUCAUCUUUCCCGGCGUUGGAGCUUUUGCACCCGCCAUGGAUGUACUUAACAAAACUGGGAUGGCUGAAGCUUUGUGCACAUAUAUUGAGAAUGACCGUCCCUUUCUCGGCAUAUGUCUUGGGCUACAACUACUUUUCGAGUCUAGUGAGGAGAAUGGACCAGUCAAAGGUCUUGGCGUGAUACCGGGAAUAGUUGGACGCUUUGAUUCUUCAGCUGGUAUAAGAGUACCCCACAUUGGCUGGAAUGCGUUGCAAGUGCGGAAGGAUUCUGAAAUUUUGGAUGAUGUUGGAAAUCGUCAUGUAUAUUUUGUUCAUUCGUACCGGGCCAUUCCAUCAGAUGAAAAUAAGGACUGGAUUUCGUCUACCUGCAAUUAUGGUGAAUCAUUUAUAUCUUCCAUAAGAAGGGGAAAUGUGCAUGCAGUCCAGUUUCAUCCUGAGAAGAGUGGGGAGGUGGGGCUUUCUGUUUUGAGAAGGUUCUUGCAUCCAAAAUUACCUGCAACACAGAAGCCAAUGGAAGGGAAGGCCUCAAAACUUGCAAAGAGGGUGAUUGCUUGUCUUGAUGUGAGGACGAAUGAUAACGGAGAUCUCGUAGUUACUAAAGGGGAUCAGUAUGAUGUGAGAGAGCAAUCUAAUGAAAACGAGGUUCGAAACCUUGGCAAACCCGUUGAUUUGGCUGGGCAGUAUUACAAAGAUGGUGCAGAUGAGAUUAGCUUUUUAAACAUAACUGGAUUCCGCGAUUUUCCUUUAGGGGAUUUGCCGAUGAUUCAGGUGUUGAGGCACACAUCAAAGAAUGUCUUUGUACCACUAACUGUUGGAGGUGGUAUUAGAGACUUUACAGAUGCUAGCGGCAGGUACUAUUCUAGCUUGGAAGUUGCUGCUGAGUAUUUCAGAUCCGGUGCUGAUAAGAUCUCCAUAGGAAGUGACGCUGUUUACGCUGCAGAGGAGUUCAUAAAAUCAGGGGUGAAGACAGGAAAAAGUAGUUUAGAACAGAUAUCCAGAGUUUAUGGAAAUCAGGCAGUGGUUGUAAGUAUUGAUCCUCGUAGAGUUUAUGUGAACCAUCCGGAUGAUGUGCCAUACAAAGUCAUCAGAGUAACUAAUCCAGGCCCAAAUGGAGAAGAAUAUGCCUGGUAUCAGUGCACGGUCAGUGGAGGACGAGAAGGUCGACCUAUUGGAGCAUUUGAGCUUGCGAAAGCGGUUGAAGAAUUAGGUGCUGGUGAAAUACUAUUGAACUGCAUAGACUGUGAUGGUCAAGGGAAAGGAUUUGACAUAGACUUAGUAAAGCUCAUCUCAGAUUCAGUAGGCAUACCGGUGAUCGCAAGCAGUGGAGCAGGUACUCCCAGGCACUUUUCCGAGGUGUUUGAGAAGACAAACGCAUCUGCCGCACUUGCUGCCGGCAUUUUCCACCGGAAAGAGGUACCAAUCCAAUCUGUGAAAGAGCACUUACAAGAGGAGCGCAUAGAAGUCAGGAUCUGAGAAUUUCCUGGUCUGCGUGUUACCAUGAUUCAUGUCACAUUCAACAAGAAGAUAGAAUCUUUACCUUCAAUAAAUUAUUUUAAGUCGGAACCAUUGGAGCUCUAACAGAUCUGAGUGAAUCCUCUUAUAGUUGAUUUCCUUUUGUUGACAUAAGACUAUGAUACAAUUUAUGGAUUGUUCCCUUGAAAUGAAAGUAAGAAAGCAAAGUAUGCUAAAAUUAUUUACGUUUCAGUUCUCUCUUAUAAAAUGUUCAUUUCUAU